GUGCGACCUUUGAUCCCAAACUCCUAGACGCAACCCGGGCUGUGAUCCCACGCGUCCGGACGCCGCCAUGGCCGCGUGGCGCCUCCGCCGCGCCGGCACCGCUCUCGCUGCCUCCUCCGCACUCGCCGCGGCGGCGGCCGCCGCGUCAGCCUGGUCGUCGGCGUCCGCGUCCGACUCCACCCCCGUGGCCCUCGGGGCCGCGCGGCAGCGCGUGACGCAGCCGGGGGCUGCCGCCCCUCCUCGCGCCGCGCAGCUGGCGGCGCUGGCUGGGUCAACGGCCGCGGAGCCCCUCGACGUGCUGGUGGUCGGCGGCGGCGCCACCGGCUGUGGCGUUGCGCUUGACGCGGCCACCCGUGGCCUCCGCGUUGGCCUGGUCGAGCGGGAGGACUUCUCCUCGGGCACCUCGUCCCGAUCCACCAAACUCAUCCAUGGGGGUGUGCGCUACUUGGAGAAGGCAGUGUUUAAUCUUGAUUAUGGGCAGCUCAAACUUGUUUUUCAUGCUCUUAAGGAACGCAAGCAAGUUAUUGAGAAUGCUCCUCACUUAUGCCAUGCUUUGCCGUGCAUGACUCCUUGCUUUAACUGGUUUGAGGUUGUAUACUAUUGGUUUGGUUUGAAGUUCUAUGAUAUAGUUGCUGGAAGAAGGUUGCUACAUUUAUCUCGGUAUUAUUCUGUAGAAGAAUCAGUUGAACUUUUCCCGACCCUUGCAAGGAAUGAUGGUGAUCGUAGCCUAAGAGGAACAGUAGUAUACUAUGAUGGUCAAAUGAAUGACUCUCGUUUGAAUGUGGGGUUGGCAUGCACAUCUGCAGUUGUUGGUGCAGCUAUUCUCAAUUAUGCUGAAGUAAUCUCCCUCAUUAAGGAUGAAUCUGGAGAGAGGAUCAUUGGUGCACACAUCCGUGACGCGCUAUCAGGUAAGGAAUUUGACACAUUUGCAAAGGUGGUUGUCAAUGCAUCAGGAGCAUUCUGUGACAAUGUGAGGAAGAUGGCUAACAGUGAUGUAGUACCCAUGAUCUGUCCAAGCAGUGGGGUGCACAUUGUACUUCCAGAUUAUUAUUCCCCUGAAGGGAUGGGGUUAAUUGUCCCCAAAACCAAAGAUGGUAGGGUUGUAUUUAUGCUGCCAUGGUUGGGAAGGACGAUUGCCGGGACAACUGAUUCUAGUACAGCAAUAACAAUGCUUCCUGAACCACAUGAGGAUGAAAUACAGUUUAUAUUAGAUGCAAUCUGUGAUUAUCUUAACGUUCAGGUGAGGCGUUCAGAUGUUCUUUCUGCCUGGAGUGGUAUACGCCCAUUGGCCAUGGAUCCUUCAGCAAAGAACACAGAAAGUAUUUCUAGAGAUCAUGUUGUAUUUGAAGACUACCCAGGGCUAAUAACAAUCACGGGUGGAAAAUGGACAACUUAUAGAAGCAUGGCUGAAGACGCUGUUAAUGCAGCCAUACGGUCAGGGAAUUUGAAGCCAGCUAAUGACUGUGUUACUGAUCAUUUGCAUAUUGCUGGUGGAUACGGAUGGGACCCUGCUUCUUUUACUGUGCUUGCUCAGAAUUUCAAGCGAAUGAAAAAGACAUAUGGUGGCAAAGUUAUCCCAGGUGCAAUGGACAGUGCUGUAUCAAAACAUCUGUCACAUGCAUAUGGAACUUUGGCUGAACAAGUGGCUGCAAUUGCCCAGAACGAAGGAUUGGGAAAGCGACUGGCUCAUGGAUACCCAUUUUUAGAAGCUGAAGUGGCAUAUUGUGCUCGUCAUGAGUACUGUGAAUCUGCUGUCGACUUUGUGGCAAGGAGAUGUCGGCUUGCCUUUCUUGACACAGAUGCUGCAGGGAGAGCACUGCCCAGGAUCAUUGAGAUUUUAGCUUCGGAACACAAGUGGGACAAGGCAAGACGGAAGCUUGAACUCCAGAAGGGUAUAGAGUUCUUGGAAACCUUCAAGUCAUCAAAGAAUGCACAGUUCAGGGAUGGAAAACAUAACGGGCAAUGACUGAAAACAUCAGUACUGUGAAUGAACGUGGGGGUACAGUUACGUGGCGCAGUUAUGCUAUUGAACUUCAACAAAGCAAGCUCUAGUACAAAAACCACUUACUGCAUGUGUGCUGGGUUCCGAUAAGUUUUUCGUUUCCCCCCUCUCUGCACGCGGUUACAUAUCUGAUUAUGGCAAAAUAAGAUUAUACUGUAGUUGGAUAUUGGAAUGGGAAAGUAGUUGGUCUAACAAUAAGUUGUAUUGAGAUAUAUGGGAAAUUGGCAAGAACCCAUGUUGAUGAUAUCGUCUCUUCAGAGGUCUGAUUGAUUCGAAUAACCAGAUUUGCGUA